UGAGUAGCGCCUACUAAUUUUUUCGUUUCAGAUUUUAAGCGAUGGUGGUACCGCCUGAAAGUAACAAUUUGUUAGAAAAAAUUACGGAAACCGAAAUCCGAACCUACAAGAAAAGAUGGGUUAUACUUAUAAUAUACAACUUGUAUAGUGCGGCGAACUCUUUUCAAUGGUUGGAAUACUCGAUCAUAACGAAUAUUGUUAUGAAAUUCUAUGACGUUGACUCUCUGGAUGUGGACUGGACAUCCAUUAUAUACAUGGCGAUAUACCCAUUUAUUGUCAUUCCGGUAUCUUAUAUCAUUGAGAAAAAGGGUCUGCGAAUAGCAGCUUUGAUCGGGGGAUUAGGAACCGCCCUGGCUGCAGCUGUCAAAGUAUUUUCUAUACGAACAGAUUUAUUUUAUGUGGUACUAAUAGGACAAGCCAUUGGAUCAACUGCUCAAGUAUUCGUCUUAUGUAUUCCCACAAAAAUUGCUGCAGUCUGGUUUGAAGAUUCUGAGGCAUCAACUGCUUGUGCCCUUGGUGUUUUAGGUACUCAAGCGGGAUUGGCUUUGGCAUUCUUGAUUCCUCCAAUACUGGUCAAGAAUAGUGAAAAUGUUGUUUCAAUAGGAUCAGAUUUGCGAGUUCUUUGUCAAGGACUGGCCAUUUUCAUGAUCCCCGUUUCCAUAGCAAUAUUAUUCUAAUGGUGAAGAAGAUGCUGGAAGAAUGGCGUGCAUUUCUGUCAUCUGUGGAAUUGUUGGAGCUCUAUUGAAUGGAAUAUUCCUUGACAAGACUAGGUUAUUUAGGGAAACCACAUUAUUCAAUUACGCUCUAACUACCGUAAGUGUAGUUCUCUUCAUGGUCACAUUGCUAUGGAAGAAGCUAGUGCUAGUAUAUCUGAGUUAUGCAAUUUUUGGAUGCUUUGUUAAUUGUUACUUGACUGUGGGAUUCGAACUGGCAGUGGAAAUCACUUAUCCAUUGGACGAAAGUACAAGCUCAGGUCUUCUCAACGCUUCAACCCAAGCAUUCGGAGUAUUCAUUGUCUUGAUGUUGGGAAAACUGAAUGAAAAGUUUGGAGCACUAUGGUCUUUAUUUAGCCAAGUUAUUCUCCUCCUUAUUGGAACUUACUUGACUUACAGAAUACCGAACGUGAAGAAAAGACAAGAAGCUUUCUCGCAAGUCGAAACAGAAAUGCACAGCAUUCGAAGUUCAUAAAAUAAAUAUAUUUCAU